CCGCGCCCUGAAUGGCGGCUUCGGCCCCUUUCACAAUAGCGCCCCCUCCUCUCGCCUCCUUUUUCCCUCCCUCCCGCUGCCCUUCCGGGCGCAUGCGCCCUAUGCUCGGCGGCAGCGGUGGCUCCGGCUUCGGGAGACUCCGUUUUUUUUAAAGGGAAACGCGAAGGCAUUGGGGGCGGUGAAGGGGGUGGGGACCCCCAGGCAGUAGAGACCCUCCGGGGGGAGGGGGGCGGCGGCGACGACCAACCCCCCAAGCGGCGGGCCCACCCUGCACCCCCCUCCUGAGGAGGGGGGGGCCAUGGAGGCGCGGGGCGGCUGAGGCGAGCUCCAGGGCGGGGGGCCGGGGCCGGGGCCGGGCGGCGGCGGCGGCGGCGGCAGCGGCAGCGGCGGCGGACUCUGGGGAUGAGCCCGGGGGCGGCCGGGUGCGGGCUCCCGCCUCCCAGGCGCAGGCGGAGGCGGCAGCGGCAGCAACAGCGACAGCAGCAGCAGCAGCAGCGGCGGGGCCCCCAUGGGCGGGCGGCGCGCCCCAGCCGCGGCCUCGACUUCUCCUCACGGGGGCGGGAUGGCGCCCCGGCCCGGGGGGAGCAGCGCUAGCCGAGGCCCGGGGCCGCGCCGCUGAGCCCAGCGCCGCGCCAGCCGAGCCCAGCCUGCCCAGCGCUCCCGCUCCCGCUCCCACCUGCCCUCGCCCCCCAGCCCAGCCCAGCCCAGCCCGCGCCCUCCGCUCCGGGCCACCAUGACCAUGAGAUCAGCCGUGUUCAAGGCGGCCACGGCGCCCGCCGGCGGCAACCCAGAGCAGCAGCAGCGGCUGGACUACGAGCGGGCGGCGGCGCUGGGCGGGCCCGAAGAGGAGCCCGGGCCGCCCGAAGCCCAGUUUCUCUCUCGCCAUCGUAAGCUCAAAGAGCCCGGGCCACCCGUGGUCUCCUCGCAGGGGGGGAGCCCGGCGCCUUCCCCGGUCGGAGGAGGAGGAGGAGGAGGCGGCGGUGGUGGUGGUGGCGGCGGCGGCGGCGGAGGAGGAAGCGGUGGCGGCAAGGGCCGGAGCUUGGUGCUCCCGGCCGGGGCGGCCCCCGGGCAGCAGGAGGAGAGUUGGGGCGGCUCCGUGCCCCUGCCGUGCCCGCCCCCCGCCACCAAGCAAGCCGGGGUCGGGGGGGAGCCGGCUGCGGCCGGGGCGGGCUGCAGCCCCCGCCCCAAGUACCAGGCGGUGCUGCCCGGGCAGACGGGCUCCCAGGUGGCGGUGGCCGCGGACAAGGGCGGGGCCACCUCUCCCGCCGCCACCGCCUCGGACUCGGCGGGACCCCCGCCGCUCCCUCCGGCCGGGCCGCCGCCCCUGCCGCCCGCCGCCGCCGCCCCCGCCACGGCCGCCGCCGCCGCAGGAACUCUGGCGGCCUCGGAGGGGCGAUGGAAGAGCGUGAGGAAGAGCCCCCUCGGGGGCGGCGGCGGUUCGGGCGCCAGCAGCCAGGCCGCCUGCCUCAAGCAGAUCCUCCUGCUGCAGCUGGACCUCAUCGAGCAGCAGCAGCAGCAGCUGCAGGCCAAGGAGAAGGAGAUCGAGGAGCUCAAGGCCGAGAGGGAUACGCUCCUUGCUCGGAUUGAACGUAUGGAAAGGCGGAUGCAGCUGGUGAAGAAGGAUAACGAGAAAGAGAGGCACAGGCUGCUUCAAGGCUAUGAGACUGAGGAACGAGAGGAGCCUGAACUCUCUGAGAAGAUUGAGCUGGAGGGCCGGACUGAGCUCUCAGAAACGUCCCAGGCCCUGCCAGUGAAACCUUUUUCAUGUGGACGGAGUGGGAAGGGACACAAAAGGAAAUCCUCAUUUGGAAGUGCAGAGAGAAAGACUCCAGUUAAAAAGCUGGCUGCUGAAUUUUCAAAAGUCAAAACAAAAGCUCCUAAGCACUCUCCCGUUAAAGAGGAGCCUGGUGGCUCCUUACCUGAAACUGUGUGUAGACGUGAACUGAGGAGCCAAGAGACUCCAGAAAAAGCCCGGUCUUCAGUGGACACCCCCCCUAAACUCUCUGUCCCCCAGAAGGCCCCCAGCACUCACCCCAAGGAGAAAGCCUUCCCAAGCGAGCUCGAAGAAUUGCCGUACCUUUCCACCACAGAAAUGUACUUGUGUCGUUGGCACCAGCCUCCCCCAUCACCAUUACCAUUACGGGAACCCUCUCCAAAGAAGGAGGAGACUGUAGCAAGAUGUCUGAUGCCAUCAAGUGUUGCAGGAGAAACUUCAGUCUUGGCCGUUCCUUCUUGGAGGGAUCACACUGUAGAGCCUCUGAGAGAUCCAAAUCCUUCAGAGCUCUUGGAGAACCUGGACGACAGUGUGUUUUCAAAGCGGCAUGCAAAACUGGAGCUGGAUGAAAAGAGAAGGAAAAGAUGGGAUAUACAGAGGAUCAGGGAACAAAGAAUUUUACAGCGACUGCAGCUCAGAAUGUAUAAAAAGAAAGGAAUUCAGGAAUCUGAGCCUGAGGUUACCUCAUUUUUCCCUGAGCCAGAUGAUGUUGAAAGUUUGCUGAUUACCCCCUUCUUGCCUGUUGUAGCAUUUGGACGACCAUUACCAAAAUUGACCCCACAGAAUUUUGAGCUGCCUUGGUUGGAUGAGCGCAGCCGCUGCAGGCUGGAGAUCCAGAAAAAGCAGACACCUCACAGGACGUGUAGGAAAUAGCUGUGCUGGCGAGAUACCUUUAUCUUCAGAUGGUUGUAGCCUGCCAUUCCCAGAGAAUGGCCAAGACCUGUAUAUGUGACCCAAUGACCCAAACCCUGUGUUGUUCUCCUGUCUAUUAUCACUCACUGAUAAUGCCCUUACAUGCUUUCUUUGAGUUUGGGUGUUUUUGUUUUUGUUUCCAGUUUGUUUGUGGUUUUUUUGUCAUUCUGUUUUCACAAAAACUCCUUUGUUGGGCUAAUUUUGGGGAUGGGGUUGUGUUUUUUCUUUCCCAUUUCAUUUUUGGGAAUGAGUUCUUGAGUUAAAUCUGCAAGGCCCUCUCUGGCUCGAAGCUUCAAAGGGUCCUGUAUAUGACUUUUAGUGGUCACUAGAUAGAGAUUCUUGGUGAGCCAAACUUUGCCUAGAAAAGAUGUAUAUUAGUAUUCUGUGGCAUUGGGCAUGGUGGGGUUGAUUCACCAGAAAAUGGCUCAACAUUAGCUUAAUGGCCAAAUGAAGACUAGAGAAUGAGAAGGUGAUAAUAGGGCCCUCCUUGCUGAGUGGAGAGAGGUCUGAGUAGCCAGUGGGCUACUUAGACAAGGAUCCUCUUAAACUGUUUUGUGGUUUAUCCUCAUAGGGGUGGGCAAGGGGAAGUUUAGUUAGAGUUAUUUUCUUGGUUAACAAAUAAAUUGAGUCCCAUUCCAUUUCCCUCUUCAUCCCCUCCUCUCAGUCCUCCUCAAAAGCCUUUGUAUCUUGUGAGUGGUAAAGAGAACGGGCUCUUAAUUUCAUUUACUAGCCCACCCUACCCUCAUGGUGUAAUCCAAUAAAACCCGGUAGCCUGAAUAACAUGGCAUUUUGAGAUGCCCGUGUGUCAAAUCACUUCUGAAGUAUUCCUUAUUGAGACUCUCUGUCCUUUUAGUUCUUUGGUGGCGGGUAAAGAUCUGGGGGGGUGGGGGGGGGACGAGGAGAUACUUCUAUGUACUUCAUUGGGCUGACAAACGUGUCUGCAUAUUGAUGUACUUGAUAGAAUAUUCUUUGUGAAAAUAGAAUUCUACACGCACAAUAUUGGUUCCUUUUUUUCCAUUUUGUUUAAGUGUUUCAGGGUAGCACUCCCAGGCAACUGUGUAAGAGACCAGUAAGUACUAGCUGGAGGAGAGCUAGAGCCGAGGCUUCAGCUAUAGGAAUUGCAUUUUGUUUUAACCUUCAGGACUCUGGGGAGAAUUGAGUUUCUAGUCUCUAUGCAGUGAAGGGGGAAGGAUGUGGAUCCUUAAAGGAAAUUUGCUGUACCUAAAACCAUAAGCACUUUUAGGGGAGAAGUCAAAAUGGAGGGUGUGUGGUAAGCCCCUUAGUGGAAAUAGAAUAGGACAGCAGUGUUGGAAGGAAGAGAAGCUUGCUGCUUCUUGUAAGGUGUUGGUCUGCGUUCCUUGGGUUGGAGUUUUUUAAAAGGAUUCUUGCAGCAGCACAGACAGUAUUCAUGGAAGAUCUUACAACUUCUCUUUUUUUUUUUUUGUGGGUUGGAGUGAGCUAUGGUUUUUCUUCAUUAACUCCUGCUAAGGACAAAGAAUGAUCUACAACUGACCCUACUAGGUAGGUUAAUGCAGCAAGGUCAUCGAAGGAAAAUAGGACUCCUUCUCCUAGCUGCUCUCAGCUAACACCUUAACAUUCUGGAGGAGGAAGAAGAGAUCUCCAGAAAAACCAGUCCAGAUUCUUUUUUUAUGUCCUUUUACUUUGCUCCUUCCUCAAUCCUGGUAUCCUAGGCUAUUUGGCUUCCCUGACCUCCCCUGGGGUGCUCCUCCAUCAUUGUUUUCUGACAUUGGAAAAGGAAAACCAGCCAAUGCCUCUGCUUUCUUCUUCUCUGUUUCUCCCUGGCUUCUGCCAUUGUUAUUUUGCUGAGAUUCCUACUAUGGGGCCUGCUUCAGUUGCUGGCUGAAGCAAGUUUGACUUUCUGCUUGUGUCCUACCCAGGGGAUUUGUCAGGAUUCUGAAUUUUAGCUCAUAUAAGAGGAAUCCCUGAGGUGCUAUCUGAUCAGGCAGAAGCUGCUCCUGCCCCCAUGGUUCUUCCUGCUCUGCAGAGUCCUUCUGUCUUGCCCCACUGGCAGGCUUCUGCAGUUGUUUUCAUUCUCACACAUCCAGGUUUCCUGAAAAAAGGGUCAGAGAAUAGGCUAGCAAAGUACCAAAAGUUAAAUUGACAGUGGGUGUUAUUAGAGUGUGGGGAAAAAAUAGUCUUAUUUCUCCCAAUAUGGGAUACAACACUGUGAAAUUCAAUCUUCAACUGAAGGCCCUGCAAUUCUUUCCUAUAACAUAGUUCUUUGUUCUUAAUAUCUUGCUUUAACCAAGUUUAAGCUAGUGUUAAUAAAUUAAAAGAAAAGCAACUUGUCUGUCCACUUAAGCUUUUUUUUGUUUUACACUCAUUUCACACAUUGUUGUCUGUGUUGUAAUUCAUACUUUUGAUACCAUUUCUGAUGUGUAAAAUUGGUUGUCUUGUAAAUAUCUUAUAAAAAUUCAAUUGUAAAUAAACUAUUGUGGCUGUUAAUU